AUGUGUUUACGUAUAUGUUUGGUGCCCGCCCUUCUGGGGGCUGCGGUAUCGUUGAACGCUGGUAAUUUCGAGAGCGCGGGCGCGAUCGACGUCGACGCCGAUAACGCAGCAGGGCGGCGGCCGGCGGCAAGGAGAAGUCGUCGCGAUGCCAUCUCCGCGGAGACGCUCCGAGACGCGGUGCGAGCUGUCGAGGCCGAGGCGGCGCGCGUGCACGGCGCGAUAAAGCACUUUGGCACUCUGCGCGGACUGGACGGGCAUGCCCUCGCGAGCAUGUGGUCUCAGGCCUUCCCCUACUCGGCGAGCCAGACGCUCUCCCUCUUCAGGGACGACGGCACCGUCUUCGUCUCCACCGGCGACAUCGGGCAGAUGUGGCUGCGGGACAGCUCCGUGCAGCUGGAGCCGUACGUCCCACUGGCUGCCAGGAGCGAGGCGGGCAGCCCCUUGCGGAGGGUGCUGGAGGCCGCCAUGUCGAGGCAGAUCCGCUUCAUCAACAAGCGAUCCGUACGCGUCCGCCUUCUACCCCACGAAGGGUCACGGCCCGGACGCGGGCCCCAACAAGGACUUCGGAAGACUCGUGCCCGCCGAGCGCUGGUUGCGCGGAGUGCCACUGCCUCAAGUGCGCCCCGCAGUGCGGCGACUACACCUACCAGAAGGACUACGAGCUCGACGCCCUCCUGUUCCCGCUGA